AGUAAAAAUACAAAGUUUAUUAAGACUAAUACAAAAAAUUACACUUGAUUUUUAUUGGAAAGGUGAAGUGACAUAUUAGUGUAUUAUCCAUUUUCACAUUCAUACAAUUUAGUUGGUUAAUAAUAUGAAUACCGUUACUGAGUACCAUAAAUAAUAUCUGGUUUUGAGCAGUUAGCGUCUUUCAUAGAUUGAUAAAGUUGUGUUAUUGUUAUUAAUAGUAUGGCAUCAUUUUUGGCUGAUAUGAAGUUAACUUGUCUGUGUUGAUGACUUUAAACUAUUAAAUUAAAAAUAAAAUUAGUAAAAUUAUUGUUACAGUAAUAUUAUUUUUUAAUGUUGACUAGUUCAAACGUAAAUUUGAGAUGUUUAAUUAGAUCAUGUUUUAAUUGUGUCAAAGUUUAUUUCAUUUGUAAUUAUUGUCUAGCUGAAGAAAAUCAUGGAUGAGGAUAUUAAUAGUACAAAUGAAUCAUCUGAAAAACGAAGAGUUGACGAGGACACGAUAAACUCUAAGCCCAAUACCAAAAGAAUUAAAUUGGUGCGUCCUGUUUUUUCAGCUUUAUCCAAACCUGUUGUUUCUACAUCAUACGAGGCAAUUAAAUCUUCUGCCGAUUCCUCUGAAUCAUCAAAUUCUUACCCAUCAAUACUUAAACCCGAGGUUGAGUCCUCUAAAGUUAGUGAUAUAUAUCCUGUUGUAUCCAAUCCUGAAAGAACUACUUGUUCUAUUAACUCUAGCACAAUUGAAGAUCAACAAAAUGAGUGCAAUAAAGAAAUUCCAGACUUAAAAGUUCCAUUCAGUGAAAAUACAAUAAAACAACUGGAACAAAUAAAAAAAAGUAUCUUUAAAAUUGAAGAUGAUGGUUCAUCUUCAGAAAAUGAUAGUCAACCUAAACGUCCAAGAUUAAAACGACCAACAUUUGGUCUUACAAAUAAUGAAAAAAAGGAAACUAAUGAUUAUAUUAAUGAGAGUAAUACUGAAAUUGAUUCUAAACCUACAACUGACAUAGAAAAUGAAGAACUCCCUUUUGAAAAUAAUUCAAUUGAUUGCCAUAAAAAAGAACCAUCACAUUUAAUUGAAGAUAUCAAUAUCAAUGAAAUAUCAAAUUAUGACUGUCUAAAAAUUAAACUCAAUAAUGAAGAAGUUAUUGAAGAAAUCAAGUCUAGCGAAUCCAACAUCGAUUCUAGUUACACCAUUAAUGUAUUAGUAAAUAAAGAUGUUGAAAGUAAAAUUUUGGAAAAAGAAAUAGUAGACAAUGAUAGUAUACAAAAAUCUAAUGAAUUAAUUGUAAAUAGUUCUGAUAUGAGUGAAAUUCAACCUAAUGCACCAAAAAAAGUCGCUGAAAUAGUUGAUGUCAUUGAUAAAAAUAAUAUUUUACUUGAGGCUAGCAACAAUAUUGUAGAAAAAACUGUAGAUUAUAAUCUUAUAAAUAUUAAAGAACCAGAAAAUGAAGUGUUUGAUAGUGAAUUUACUAAUGCUAGUAGUGAUGAUAAGUGUAUUACAAUAAAUGACGUAGAAAAGAUUUCUUUUGAAAAAUCAAACAAUAAAACAAAUCUGAAUUAUGAUGAUGAAAAAAUUGUAAUAUCUACUGCAAUUCCAAAAGUUGAAAUGAAUACAUCGUAUAUUUCUAAAAGUGUUAUUGGAGUUAAUCUUUCCAUUAAAACUUCUCCAAUAAAAAAUGAGAAUGAAAAUGAUAACUAUAUAUCUUUAGAAAAAGAACAAAGUGAUGUUGAACAAAAUUGUGAAGGAUCUGAAUCACAGCUUCCACAGUUAUUUAAGAAAUCUGAUAUACUUAAGGCUGCUCUUACAUCAAAAAAGAUAUUGGAGCCAAUUCAGAAAGUCACUCAAUUGAACAAUCAAACUUCUCAACAAAAAUUAGUAUCAAUUGAUAAUAUUAAAGAUGAUUCAUUCCCCAUAAAUACUGAAGACAUUAUUGUUAACGAAAUUGAUACUAAUAUUAAAGUAGAGACUUCUAUGAAUUUAAUUAGUUCCCAAACUUUGCCAGAACCAAAAAAUUGUAACACUACUACUGAAACUACUAAGAGUGAUGAAAAAUCUAGUUUAUCAAAUGAUGAAACUAACAUUACUGACCUUCCAAAAUGGGGGUCAGAAAAAAUGAAUGAAGUAGAAAAAUUUUUAAAUGAUUCAAAUGUUACUAUUACACCAAUUUCAACACAAUCAGAAACACCAAAGUUAAAUAAAAUAACAUUAAAACUACCAAAAGUUGGAAAUCCAGAAAUCAAGACUGAGAAUACUAAUCGUCCUGAUGUAAAAUCAGAGUUAUUAAAAAAAAUUAGUAGUAAACAACAUGCUAUAGUGGAUAGCCCUUUAAAAAGUGCCCUUUCUCAACCAUCAAAAUGUUUUAGUGACUUUGCUACUAUUGUACCUGCUCAUAGUCCUAGUGCAGAACAAAUUGCUUUGUUAGAACAACAGAUUCUGAAUACUCCAAAAAAAAGAGGAAGACCAUCAAAAGCUUUAACACAGCAAAAACAACUUUUAUUGCAGUAUCAACAGCAGCAACAGCAACAACCCAAUUUAUCAGAAAAAAAUGAAACUGAUAAUGAAAAUGUUUUUCAUGUACCUUUAUUUGAUAUGGACUCAAUGAGCAGUGGUAAUAUAUACAAUCCAUUUGAAGCAUCAACUCCAAAACGAGGAAAGAGUAAUAGAGGUAGGGGACGAGGCAGAGGACGUGGAGGACGUACUCAAGGAAGAGAACAAUUAGAUAAUGAUAAUCAAGGAAGUAUUCUGCAAAUUAAAAUUGAAGGAAAUGCUUUUAAUGAUGAAAUGAAUCAAGAAGAAGAAACCAAGCACGUUGCUAUGAUGGAAGCAGAACGCAUUCGUAAGGAAGAAGAACGUGAAAGAAAAAUUGAGGAAAGAAAAAGAAAAUUAAAAGAACGUAAUGAUGCUAUAAAAGAAAAGAAGCUAAGAAAAAAACAAAAAGCUGAAGAGAGAAGACUUCAGUGGCAUGAAAAAAAAAGAUUAUUACAAGAAGAAAAAGCAAGACAAGCUGAAAUGAGAAAAUCACUUCCUCCUCCACUAAAUUUUGAUGAUGAAACUCGUAUGAGUGCUGAUAUCAACUUAUCUCAGACAUCAGCUAGAAAUUUUAUGAUAGGAGAUGAUGAUUUAUCAAUUAGUGGAGCUACCAAUGAUAGUAGUCGGCUAAAAAAAGGAAGAAUGGAAGUAAUUGAUUUAGAAAGCAAUAAAACAUUGACUGUUGAUCAAAUUGCUGAGUACCAAUGGCCUUUAGAAGGUGGAGAAUUGUAUAUGAUUCAAGAACAGAUAUCUAAUUAUUUAGGUGUAAAAUCAUUUAAAAGAAAAUAUCCUGGAUUAAAACGUAGAAAUGUUGAAGCUGAAGAAAGGUCAUUUUUAUGUGAUAGUGGUUUAGUUGCUGAAUCACUGUGUGAUUUAGGUUUGACAGUUUUAUACAGUUCUGAAGUGUUGGACAUUAUGUAUGUUGAUUUUCCUGAAAAAUAUGAAGAAUUACGAGAGUAUAUGAGGCUCAAACAUGCCAAAGAAUUAUCUAAUCGACACAAAGCUCUUAUUACUUUUAAUACUGCUGAUGGAUCUAAAUUGGAUCUACGUGAUAGAGCAAUGGAAGCUGCAGCGAACUGGAAUGCAAAUUUAAAUAAAUCUAGAUUAGAGUCUAGGAAAUGUACCAUGGAUAUGCAAACAUUUAUAGUUCAUUAUCCAAAAAGUAAAUGCAAGAAGAUGAUACUUUCUAAACAGAAAAUUGGUCAUUACCCUGUAGCUUUGUUGCCUGGACAAUUUUGUGAUUACUAUGCUACUUAUUCUAAUGAAGAGUUACGAUAUUUACCUAUUAAUACAGUUAUGUAUGGUCCAUUGAAAACUGUAGACAAAGAUUUUCCUAUCUCGUUAAGCAGUCAAUCAGAAUCUGAUGAUAGCUCAUCAGAAGAUUCUAGCGAUAGUGAUGAGUCAGUUGACACAAACAAAUUGGGGAAUGACGAUUUAGAAAUCGGACCCAGUGAUAAAAAAGGAGCAGAGUGCAAAUUAUGUGUUACCAAUCCAGAUAAAAGUAGUAAAGAAGCUGAACCUUUAAUCCAUUGUUCUAAGUGUUUAUCUAUAUACCAUCCUACUUGUUUAGAAAUGUCUUUGGAGAUGAUACCCCAUAUUAAGCGAUAUAACUGGCAAUGUAAUGAUUGUAAAUCAUGUGCUCAAUGCAAAGAAGCUGCCGAUGAAGAUAAAAUGUUGUUUUGUGAUCUGUGUGAUAGAGGGUAUCACAUAUAUUGUGUUGGACUUCGUAAAGUCCCAGAAGGUAGAUGGCAUUGUCAAGAAUGUGCAAUGUGUAGUUCUUGUGGAGCAAAUGAACCAGGCCCAGCAGAUUCAAAAUGGUUCUAUGAAUUUAAGAAAGUAGAAAAAAGUGGAAUAAAAAUGUAUAGUCGUACAUUGUGUGCUCCUUGUUCAAGGUUGUGGAAAAAAGGCCAUUUCUGCCCUAACUGCAUGCGUUGCUAUUCUUUGAAAAACAUCGAGCGCAUGAUACAGUGUAACAGCUGCGAUAGAUACUUACAUACAGAUUGCAUCGAUACAAAUGAUUUAAAUGGCCAAGAUAUAAAUUGUACCACAUGUGAAAAAAAAGCUGUUUCUAGACUACUUACUACUGUUCCUAGGUCCUUAAUUAAAGUUUGAGUAACUUUUAGAUUCCACAUUUUA